AUGUCCUCCCCAAACUGUGCUAACCCUGAACCCACUAUUGUUAUAGUGUCUGACCGACUGAGCUACCUUGUCAACAGAAUGUCCUCGCCCAACUGUGCUAACCCUGAACCCACUAUUGUUAUAGUGUCUAACCGACUGAGCUACCUUGUCAACAGAAUGUCCUCGCCCAACUGUGCUAACCCUGAACCCACUAUUGUUAUAGUGUCUAACCGACUGAGCUACCUUGUCAACAGAAUGUCCUCGCCCAACUGUGCUAACCCUGAACCCACUAUUGUUAUAGUGUCUAACCGACUGAGCUACCUUGUCAACAGAAUGUCCUCGCCCAACUGUGCUAACCCUGAACCCACUAUUGUUAUAGUGUCUAACCGACUGAGCUACCUUGUCAACAGAAUGUCCUCGCCCAACUGUGCUAACCCUGAACCCACUAUUGUUAUAGUGUCUAACCGACUGAGCUACCUUGUCAACAGAAUGUCCUCGCCCAACUGUGCUAACCCUGAACCCACUAUUGUUAUAGUGUCUAACCGACUGAGCUACCUUGUCAACAGAAUGUCCUCGCCCAACUGUGCUAACCCUGAACCCACUAUUGUUAUAGUGUCUAACCGACUGAGCUACCUUGUCAACAGAAUGUCCUCGCCCAACUGUGCUAACCCUGAACCCACUAUUGUUAUAGUGUCUAACCGACUGAGCUACCUUGUCAACAGAAUGUCCUCGCCCAACUGUGCUAACCCUGAACCCACUAUUGUUAUAGUGUCUAACCGACUGAGCUACCUUGUCAACAGAAUGUCCUCGCCCAACUGUGCUAACCCUGAACCCACUAUUGUUAUAGUGUCUAACCGACUGAGCUACCUUGUCAACAGAAUGUCCUCGCCCAACUGUGCUAACCCUGAACCCACUAUUGUUAUAGUGUCUAACCGACUGAGCUACCUUGUCAACAGAAUGUCCUCGCCCAACUGUGCUAACCCUGAACCCACUAUUGUUAUAGUGUCUAACCGACUGAGCUACCUUGUCAACAGAAUGUCCUCGCCCAACUGUGCUAACCCUGAACCCACUAUUGUCAUAGUGUCUAACCGACUGAGCUACCUUGUCAACAGAAAUGUCCUCGCCCAACUGUGCUAA